AUGCAAAUGCCCUUGUGUGUUGAAUUUGUAUCCGGUGAGGAGGUUGAUGCUACGACUGGAGAGGAAUAGAGCAUCACAAUAUGUUAUGAUAUUCACAAUGAAAGUGGAAUUAAUCCUACGAGUUAUCUCGAAGAGCGUGGUGGCUUAAGUGAUGAAGGCAAUAAUUUCAGUCACACUGUGGAUGCAGACUUUGAACUUGAACAUAUUUUGAGUGCUGAAAUUACGAGGUUAAAUUCUCUCGUAGAUGAAGAGAUUCAUAAUAUGCUUGUAGUCAAGCAUUCCGAACCCACACGCAUUGCAUUGAAUAGCAUCUAUAGAAGCAAGAAGGAACUUGAUUUUCACUUAAAGAUGUAUGCCAUUACCAACUUUUUUCAAUAUAGAACGAAGACAUCUUGCCCGAAGGUUUUGCAUGUUGUGUGUGUUGAUUACCCCAAUUGCAAGUGGGCUGUGCAUGCUGUGUGCAUCGAUAAAGUGUCAUUGUUCCAAGUUAAAAGAUUUGACUCUGAGCACACAUGCCCCAUUGAUGUGCGUCAACGAAAUAACCGCCAGGCUACGUCUAGGAUUAUUGCCGAACUAAUCAAACACGAGUACGGUGAUCCCUCCAAUAAGCCAUACCCUCCGAAAUCAGUCAUGCUUGAUAUGCAUACCAAGUAUGGCUUGCCAAAGAAGCAAUGGAAUUGGCUAUGGGAUCUGAAAAACAAUCAUAUGCUCGGUUACCUU